GUGAAGAAUGUGCUCUGGUUUUGCAGUGCACGGAUUGACGUUGAACUUUGAGCUGAACGCAAACAUAUCUAAAUAGGACUGACCCUCAGCGACAAUUUCUCAUCGCCACCAGCACAUCUCAAUUCACCUCUAAUACACCUUUCAAGUCUUAUCACGGUUCAGAAACAGCCAUGUCUUCUCUCGUAGUUCUACCUGCACCACUGCCAUCAACGGCCAUCACUUUGGGCCAGCUCAUUACCGACCCCAUCUCAAACACAUCUGCAUCUCUAAAGCCCUCAAAAGCGCCAUCCUCCAAGCAUACAACUCAGUCAAAGCACCAAGAUACCAUCGCCUAUGACGAAGAUGGUCGCUUCACAUCAACACGAUUCCUCUCAAAUCUCAGCAGAGAAGCACCCGAGACCACCUCGAACAUUCUCAAUUUGAAUGCGGAGCAAAUGACACACUCCGCCCUCGACCGACCAACCACCUUCUUCAACCAACUCCGCCGCGACAGAACCACUCGCUCUUUUCUCCGUAAGAUGACGCAACACCAAACCCCAGUCUACUUCGUCACUGGCCUCCAGACCGUGCGGAAGCCCAUCUUCGAACGCGACAGUGCGGGGCAAGACUCCACCGAGACGGCUCCGGACUCCCCACAUCUCCGCUUGCCCGUGAGGCGGGUAGACUCGGCUUCCAAUAUGGCUUUGCAAGAUGGCUCUGAGCAUGACGAGUAUAUUCUUGCGGUGGAACUGCUCAAAAUCAAGUGUCGUGUCGGUGCAAGCAACGAGCCACACACCAUCUCGGAUAUCGAGUACUCGUGGAGUUACCACGGGCUGCAGGAUGAGAGUGAAAAGGAAGAGCAGCUUUCCAUUGGGCUGGGGAAGCCCUUGGAGGCCAAGGAGCUCAAGGCCCUAGCUGGGAUGCCGCUGAAUGAGGAUGCUGCUGGCGAGAGGUGGGCUGAGAGUAGUGAGUACUCGGACGAGGAUGGUAUUGGGGGAUUCUAAACCUGUCAUCCCUGAUCUUCAAUUGAUGAGAUGUCUUUUUUCUUUCUUCUUGUUAGGAUAGGAGCAGGUGUUCUUUGGGGCUGGAUGGGAAAAAGUAUUGGGGAGGCUAUUAGCAGGUUGCAUAGCUGGCAUGGUAUAUGGUGUUUUGAUUUCUUGUGGAGAUAACUUGAUGGGAUUGAUAUGUUCUUCAAUCCACGAUAAUGAAACCGCUUCAACGAUUUCUAUUUUGACGUGCUAAAGUAAGAAUGAUAAUCUAUCAGGAGAUCAAAUCCGCUCGCAUGAGGAACAAAGUGUUGAAGACUUUCCGUCCGGUUGAUGAGCACUGGAUAUUGCAGAUGGAUCAUAAAGGAUGGAGUAGGAAGAAUGGAUGGAGC